AUGACAGAAAGUUUACCUAUUAAUCCUCAUUGCUUAUUAAAAUGCUUUGAGUUUUAUUAUUUAUUGUGCAUAACAUCCUUGCCUGAUUGGAAUUUAAUUAAUUAAUAAUGUAUUUAUGAAUGUGAAAAUGAGGUAGUAGCAGAUUUUAAUGAAUAUUGUAGUGAUGAUAAUAAUGAAAAUGAAGAUUAGUGUCAUAGUUGUAAAUAUUAAUGUUAAGAGAAUUGUAUUGAUUGUCUUGAUGGUACAUGUUUAUAAUCAUACUUUGAAGAACUCAAAAUUGAAACUUGUAAGUUUGGAUUUUAUUUGAUUGAUAAUAAAUGUUUGUCUAUUUGUGGAGACUUAAUUGUAGCUUCAGAUGAAAAAUGUGAUGAUUAAAAUAAAGAACCUUUUGAUGGAUGUUUUAAAUGUUUAUACUCAUGUCCACUUAACUGUUAAGGUUGUAUUGAUGGAUAAUGCAUAAAUUGUGAAAAUGGUUAUUUCUUGGAAAAUAAUAAAUGUUAAGAACAGUGUGGGAAUGGCAUAAAGACUCAGAAUGAAGAGUGUGAUGAUGGAAAUUUAUUUAUAGAAGAUGGAUGCUCAGAAAUAUGUUAAAUAGAAAUCUUUUGGAAAUGUAUAAAUGAUUAAAAGGAAAGAAGUUGGUGUUUUCAAAUUAUUAAUCCAACUGUAGAAUUACAAUUUUUGAAUACCACUUUUAAUAAAUAAUUUAUCUUAAUUACAAGUUCUCAAUAAGUAAGAUUAACUGAUAACCAUCACAACUUAACCUAAAACCUUAAAACUCAAAUUAUAAAUGUUAGUCGCUCGGAUUAUAUCAUAACUUUUGAUGUUGAAGCUGAACCAACUUUUGAAGAACCAAAUGAAAUUUAGUACUUAUUUACUAUUGAAUAUAUAAAAUAAUUAGAAGUUGAACUAAUUUUUCACAUUUAAUUUAAUAUUACAUUGGUCAAUAAUUAUGGUUUAGAAAUAUUGAAAAAAGAAUAUUCAAUUAAAUUGACUAAUCCUAUUGUGUUAAGCAAAGCUUAGAAGGAUCUUUCAAAAAAUACAGGUAAAUUUAACAUAAUAAUGUUAAUAAUACUUGGUAUUUCAGGAUUUAUAAUUUUAUUAUCUGGUAACCCAUAGGAUUGUUUUGA